AAUACUACAGGACAGAGAAGAUCUGCGCGACAGUUCUGAGCGGAACCUAUCAUUUUAUAGUUUAAUUGAUAUUGACCGUAGCCUCCUUUAGUAGACAUUGUAUCAACAAGUUACAUUUAUGUUUUUUUAAUACACACUGCCAGUUAUUAACACUGGUAAAUCCGUUGAGUGAAUUAUGACACUAAUCUGAUACGGAGCAAGAUUGAACCGAACACCGUUACCCGUGCAGCAGACCAGACCGCUCUCCGUUGGAAAUAAACGACGAUAUAUUUGGUCAAAUCACAUUGACUUGUGAAAUAAGAAACGGGGGAUCUCAUUUUCAUCUUGAAACGAGUUGAGGCGAGAGAUAAAAAGCUGCUCUAUUGUAAACUAAUCCUUGUCCUUCGGGCGUUUGAAUAGCCCAGGGCAAGAAUUCUACUAGCCCUCCUUUUAUUUAGAGACGGACUGGCUUUCUUCUCAUAAAACUCGACGGAUUCAUCAUAUCAGAAAAAGCAAGGCUCGGACAAAGACGGAUAUAAAGCAAACGACGACACAACUGACAUAAAAAGAGAUAAAAUCGGAAGGGAUAAGAGAUUCCUAUGUCUUCUGUAUCCGUGUCCUCCCAGGAGGGAAGGAGUAUGUCCAGGAUGUCUAUGAGUCGUUCUCCAGUUUCUCCAAUGAAUGCCCAGGGCAUCCCAUCACCGGCCCAGCUGACUAAAGCCAAUGCCCCGGUCCACAUCGACGUGGGAGGACACAUGUACACCAGCAGCCUGGGGACUCUCACUAAAUACCCAGAGUCUAGAAUCAGUCGUCUGUUUAAUGGAACAGAGCCGAUUGUACUGGACAGUUUGAAGCAGCACUACUUCAUCGACAGGGAUGGAGACAUAUUCAGAUACAUUCUCAGCUUCCUCAGGACCUGCAAACUACUGCUCCCAGAGGACUUCAAGGACUUCCCCCAGCUAUACGAGGAGGCUCGCUACUACCAGCUGACACCCAUGGUCCGCGAGCUGGAGCGCUGGCUGACAGAGCGGGAGGGCCAGAAGAGCCGGCCCUGCGAGUGCCUGGUGGUCCGAGUGACCCCUGACCUGGGUGAGAGAAUUGCCCUCAGCGGGGAGAAGGUGCUCAUUGAGGAGAUCUUCCCCGAGACAGGAGACGUCAUGUGUAACUCGGUGAACGCCGGCUGGAACCAGGACCCCACACAUGUUAUCCGUUUUCCGCUCAACGGCUACUGCAGGCUCAACUCAGUUCAGGUUCUGGAGAGGUUGUUCCAGAAGGGCUUCAGCAUGAGGGCGUCGUGUGGUGGCGGAGUUGACUCCUCCCAGUUCAGCGAGUACGUCUUGUGUCGCGAGCUCCUCAGGGGUCAGUCCAUCGGCACCACCACCACUAUCCGGAUCAAACAGGAGCCUCUGGACUAGGUCAGGAGGAACAGAGGGACACCUGAGAAGAUGUUCAACAACCCCAGUGCUCAUCUCCAGGUCCUAUCUACACAAAACACUGAAGGAGGACUCUUUAUGCUUGGGAAUAUCAUGUGCCAAUGGCAAUGUUUAUUGGGCAAGCGAGAUGUGAGAAGGUUGUGAUUCUAUUGAGACUCAAAUAGUCUAUGGAACUCUUUCUGCUGCCGUUUCUAAGGGAAACGGUCAGUCACCUCUGGACUAUUGAAAACUAGCAGGAACAAGGAAAUAGCUCCAGUAAUAUGGUGCUCAGGUCCAGCUUAGGUUUCACUGGGGACUCCUGUUCAAGCCUAAGGAUGGGUCUACUGGUAUGCCAGAUGACAUCCAGUUCAGAGACAUUGUCUGCGUUUAUACUGGCAGCCCAAUUCUGAUAUUUGCCCAAUUAUUGAAAAAGAUUCAAUCUGAUUGGUCAAAAGACCAAUAAAUGUCAAAAGAUCAGAAUUGAGCUGCCUGUGUAAACACAGCCAAAAAUGGCCAUGUCCUGCUCUGCCAAAGGAAGAACAUGGCUCUGUGUGUUUGCUACAUUUCUUGACAACUUCCUACACUGUUCAAUCUGAAUAGGUCAUAUACUGUAUGUGUAAGUAUAUGUACAAUUA